AUGGAGCCAAGUCGAAGCGAUCAAAAGGCAGAGAGGCUACUGUUCAGGUUGAAGUGGCCGUUUAGCAAAAAAGAUCUAGAUGCUGUGCUGAGUACUGUUGAGAGAUAUAAAUCAUCUUUAGCCCUCGCCACAGCAUCCGAGCACACAAGGCUUGCUGUCGAAACGCAGCGUUGUGUCCAGGACUUAAAAGAAAACAUCGAAAAACAAAAAGAUGACUCUACUCGUUUAAAAAUAAUUCGAUGGUUGUCGACGACGGAUCCUUCGAGUAAUUUUCAUUCUGGUUGUGAGGGUCAUCAAUCUACCUCUGGCAGCUGGGUCCUCAAUCACACGUCUUACAAAAACUGGUCGCAAUCUCCCAAUUCAUUUUUGUGGCUACAUGGGAUUCCUGGUUGCGGCAAAACUACUCUAAGGUAA